UAACAUUUGAUUUAUGUCUGCAGAGUUACAGAAAAUCACAGCUGAUAUGUUUGGGAUGGAGGCUGCCCUGUUCGUGCCCUCUGGAACCAUGGGAAAUCUCAUCGCAGUGAUGGUGCACUGCAGGGAGCGAGGUGACGAGAUGAUUGUGGGCGAUCUGUGCCACAUCCACGUCUAUGAGCAGGGAAAUAGUGCACAGCUGGCUGGUGUCCACUCCACCACGGUGACCACCCUCCCUGAUGGGACGUUUAACUUGGACCAGCUGGAGUCAAAGAUCCGUCACGGUUAUCCAGACCCCCACUACCCUCGAUCACGCCUCAUAUGUUUGGAGAACACACACAAUAUUCAGGGAGGACGAGUGCUGCCUCUGUCCUUCCUGCAGGAGGUUCGUGCUUUAGCAGAUGAAUAUGGUCUGUCAGUUCACAUGGAUGGAGCCAGAGUGAUGAACGCUGCUGUGGCCCAAGAUGUUCCUCCAUCCACCAUCCUGCAGCACACACACACCGUCAGCGCAUGUCUCUCCAAGGGUUUAGGUGCUCCUGUGGGUAGCAUGCUGGCUGGACCUCAGGACUUUAUAUCUAAAGCGAUACGGUGCCGUAAAGCCCUGGGUGGAGCAACACGACAGGCUGGGAUACUAGCAGCAGCUGGAAAAGUGUCUUUACAGGACAUGGUGGGAAGACUGGUGGAGGAUCACCACAAUGCAAGAACCUUUGCUCAAGCUCUGCUCGACUGUCCGUCUCCUCUGUUCGCUGUGGACAUGGCUGCUGUGGAGACAAACAUCCUGCGUUUCCGUCUGCAGGAUCCCAGUUUGAGUCCCCAGGAGUUCUGUGGCCGCAUGGCUCAGGUUGGAGAGGGAGAGGAGGCUGCACUGGGGCAGGGGAUACAGGUUCUCAUGUAUCCUCAUUUUGAAAACUCCAUCAGGGCCGUGUGGCAUCUUGGGAUAUCACCUGAAGACACCCAGCUCGCCAUCCAGAAAAUGCAAUUUGUGGCCUCUCAGCACUUUAAAGAAAAAGUCAGAGCCCAAUGAACCUGAUACAUCCAAUGAUGUGUAGU